AUGUCGGGAGAAGCUAUAAAGCGUCGAGAGCGAAUGAAAAUAGUAUGGAAACCUGCGCAUUUAACGGGAAUGUUGGUACUUGCUUUGACCUAUAUCGAAGCAUCAUCUAUUGUGCAUGUUGUGCGCUUUUUACUUUUUCUGUAUUUUCUCAUGGCGAGUCUUGACUUGGCACUGACUCGCUACCAUUUCUGGAACUUUGAGUCUACGGUUCCUGAGCUAAAACGUUAUGCAUUGAUUACAGGCGCAUCGUUUGGUAUUGGAAGGGAAAUGAGCUACUUGUUAUCGGAGAAAAAGUACUCGCUUGUGUUGGCUGCACGCUCUGAGAAAGUGUUGGAACGAAUGCGAGCAGAGAUUGAACUAGUGAAUCGACCGACGGAAGUGCUGGUGUGUGUGUGCGACUUGGCAACAAGUGAAGGUAUCAACAAGCUCAUCAAGUUUGUCAAGGACAAGGAACUGAUCAUUGACAUCCUUGUGAACAACGCGGGGGCUUGUCUUACCAAGGACUUUACAAUGCUGAAAGAGACGGAAGUGGACGAACUCAUGAUCCUCAACAUGCACGCAAUGGUCAAAUUGACGCAUGCAAUUGUACCGCAGAUGGUGGACCGUAAGAUUGGUCGUGUCUUGAACAUCAGCUCCAUUGCAAGUGCCUUUGCAAUACCCACGGCGGCGCUUUACAGCAGCAGUAAAGCUUUCGUGACUAGCUUUAGCCAAGGGUUAAGCUACGAAUUGCGUUCGACAGGUGUUACGGUCACGUGCAUGUGCCCGGGUCCAGUGGCGACCAACUUCAGCAAGACUGCAAAUACAGAGAAAGCAGUAUGCAUGACGUUGCCUGGACUCACUGCGAAUGCCAAGGAUACAGCCAAGACUGCAGUGGACGCCAUGUUCAACGGCGAAGUACUGAUCUACGAUACAUGGUUCGCUUACUUAUCUGCAAACCUCGUGCAGUCGAUUAUUCCCGGUCGUCUUGCCGCUUUUUGCUUUGGCGCUGGAAUGCACGAGCUCAAGGACAUCUGGCAGAUGAUCAAGAGAUAA